CAGAAGGACCAGGUUGCACCAUGUGGAAGGUGAUUGUUUUGUUGGCCCUGCUUACAUUCAGCCCUUGUGAUGGGCUGUUUCGCUCCUUGUACCAACGUGCCCAGGUUUUCCAGCCUCCUAGGGGAGAUACAGGACAGCCAUUAUUUCUUACCCCUUAUAUUGAAUCUGGAAAGAUCAAGGAAGGAAGAAAAUUGAGUUCGGUCACUGCUUUUCUAGGACUGAACAUACACAGUUACUCUGGCUACCUCACUGUGAAUAAGACCUACAACAGCAAUCUCUUCUUCUGGUUCUUCCCGGCUCAGGUACAACCAGAGACUGCUCCAGUAGUUCUGUGGCUGCAGGGCGGGCCGGGAGGCUCAUCCAUGUUUGGACUCUUUGUGGAACAUGGACCUUAUGUCAUCACAAGUAAUAUGACUGUCCUGCCCAGAAACUUCCCUUGGACCACCACCUUGUCCAUGCUAUAUAUGGAUAAUCCGGUGGGCACUGGCUUCAGUUUUACCAAUAAUUCCCAGGGAUAUGCUGUCAAUGAGGAUGAUGUGGCCCACAAUUUGCACAGUGCACUAGUUCAGUUUUUCCAGUUGUUUCCUGAGUAUGAAACUAAUGACUUUUAUGCCACUGGCGAGUCUUAUGCAGGGAAGUACGUACCCGCGCUUGCGCACUACAUCCACGCCCUCAACCCCAAGGAGCAGGUCAAGAUCCACCUGAAAGGAAUUGCUCUUGGAAAUGCAUAUUCUGACCCUGAAUCAAUUAUAAAGGGCUACGCGCCAUUCCUCUACGAAAUUGGCUUGUUGGAUGAGAGGCAGAGAAAGUACUUCCAGAAGCAGUGCAAUAAGUGUAUAAAAUACAUCAAGGAGGAGAACUGGCUACGGGCCUUUGAAAUCCUGGAUAGACUACUGGAUGGCGACUUGACGAGUGAUAUUUCUUACUUCGAGAAUGUGACGGGAUGUUCUAACUACUACAACAUUUUACAGUGCACGGAACCUGGGGAUCAAACUUACUAUGGGAAGUUUCUGUCACUCUCAGAAGUGAGACGAGCCAUCCACGUGGGAAACCAGACCUUCAGUGAUGGAGCUGAUGUUGAAAAGUACUUGCGACAGGACACGAUGAAGUCGGUCAAGACCUGGCUCACGGAGAUCAUGAAUAACGACUACAAGGUUCUUCUCUACAAUGGCCAACUGGAUAUUAUUGUGGCAGCUUCCCUGACAGAGCGCUCCUUGAUGACCAUGAACUGGAAAGGAUCCCGUAAAUACAAGAAGUCAAGAAGAGUAGUCUGGAAGAUCUUUAAAUCUGAUAAUGAAGUGGCUGGCUACGUCCGGCAAGUGGAAAACUUCCAUCAGGUAAUCGUUCGAGGUGGAGGACACAUUUUACCCUUGGAUCAGCCUCUGAGAUCUUUUGACAUGAUCAAUCGAUUCAUCUUUGGAAAAGGGUGGAAUCCUUAUGAUUGACAGACAACUAUUCUCCUAAACGAGAAUGUCAGGAGCUUUAAUCCGUGAAAAGAAAAUUCUUAAAAACUGAAAAUGUCUUAUAAAUAAGAAAAUUAUAUUUUUAUAUCUGCAAAAUGUUUCUCAUCAAUAAAAAUUAAUGAUCCUUGAAACAAGCAAGUUUCUGAAUUGCGGGGAGAUGGUUUAUCACGAAGGAAGUGAGCAAGAGGAAGGAUCACAUGACUUAACUUAGAGGAUGGAGGGAAAGGAUUCUGACAUUGAUCCUGACAGCAGGGGAUGAUGAGCUUCCGGGAUCACAAGUAGGAAUUUCUACUCCCUUUAAGAGUAAGUGAAAAGUGCAAUAAAGAAAUCAAGUUGUAAUGCCUUGUUUUUUAAAUAACAGAAGUUUUUCAUAUG